AUGGGUGCACUACCCAAGCAACGCGUAAAUCCAGAUUUUCCUUUCAUUAGUACUGGUGUCGAUUUUGCUGGACCAUUCUUUAUAACCAACAGAAAGGGUAAAGGUUCUCGAAUAACAAAAUGUUAUCUAUGCGUUUUUGUGUGUCUUAGAUACAAGUGUCUGCACUUGGAAGCCGUGAGUGAACUUUCUAAAGAUGCGUUCAUAUUAUCACUGCGUCGUUUUAUCUCUCGCAGAGGUAAGCCUUUAGAUAUAUUUUGCGAUAAUGGUCGCAAUUUUGUGGCAGCUUCUAAAGAAAUUAGACAGUUUAUUAGCGCCAAUACUGAUGACAUUUCUGAUUUUUCUUCCAAAGAAGGUAUUAAAUUUCAUUUUCAACCAGCUUAUGCUCCGCAUUUCGGGGGUUUAUUUGAAGCAGGCGUGAAGUCAGCAAAAUAUUAUUUAAAGAGGAUUUUAGGUAACUCUCAUCUCACAUUUGAAGAAUUGGCAACGUUGUUUAGUCAAAUUGAGGCAAUUCUUAACAGUAGACCCCUAUGUCCCUUGUCGUCCUGUCCCGAUGACCUUCAACCCUUAACCCCAGGGCACUUCCUUAUUGGAAGACCACUUUUGUCGUUACCUACACCUAGUUUGCAGGAUAAAAACAUAAACCGUUUAAACAGUUUUCAACGGUUGGAGCUUUUACGGCAGCAAUUUUGGAAACGCUGGCAGUUAGAAUAUGUGUCCGAAUUGCAGCAAAGGCAGAAAUGGCGGAUCCCAGAUAGACAGCUUCAAAUAAAUGAUUUGGUGCUGUUAAAGGAAGAUAACUCCCCUCCCAUGUGCUGGAGAAUGGGUCGCAUCUGCUCUCUGUUUCCAGGUCAAGAUGGAGUGGUGCGCGUUGUUGAAAUUAAAACUGCAGCAGGCAAUUUCCGACGUGCUGUAAAGUAUAUCUGUCCAUUGAUGGAGCCAUCAGAGGAGACUUCAUUGGAAGCCGAUGCUUCCAAGGCCCCGGAGGAUGUCGGCGCACAACACUAG